UUCAGUCAUCCAACAAUCCCCAUAAAUCGACAACAUGGGUAAGGUCCACGGAUCCCUCGCACGUGCCGGUAAGGUCAAGUCGCAGACUCCCAAGGUUGAGCCUCAGGAGAAGAAGAAGACCCCCAAGGGCCGCGCAAAGAAGAGAAUCACGUACACCCGCCGUUUCGUGAACGUCACCAUGACCGGUGGCAAGAGAAAGAUGAACCCCAACCCUACCUCGUAAACGAAUUCCGGAUCUGGAGUUUGAGAAAUGGGGCAAAGACGGGCACAUGGAUAGCACACAGUCUGGCGACACCCUCGAUUCAUCACUGGGCAGCCAGACCGUU